AUGGGGAGUCCAAUCUGUGAGCACACGGGCUGCACCGCACACUCGCCUCUCUACUUCAGCCACCCCCAUGCUCACCCCAGGCCGGCCUGGCUGGACGAGGCAGAGGAUGUCAAACCGCCCCACGCUUUGCUGGGGUUCCCUGAGCUCAGCUGGCCGGGGGUCUGCAUCCCCUACACCGACAGAUUAGCCACCGAGGAGAACUCCUGGGUGCUGAGAAUGACAGAGGCCCCUGCUCCCGCCGCUCCUCCCUGCAGGACUCCAGAGCAGAGACUAUACGCUCCAAGCCAAGCCCAGCAUCCGCCCCCAGAGAUGGAGGCUCAGGCGGAGGAGCGCUGCCUGGAGCAGGUCCAGACUAUGGUGGUGGGAGAGGUGCUGAAAGACGUUGACACCGCCUGUAAGCUGCUCAACAUCACACCGGACCCCUUGAGCUGGAACUGUGUGCACGUCCAGAAGUGGCUGCUGUGGACAGAGCACCUCUACAGACUGCCACAGGUCAGCGUGAUGUUUCAGGAGCUGAGUGGCAGAGAUCUGUGCUCCAUGACAGAAGCCGACUUCAAGCAACGCUCCUCACAGUUUGGAGACAUCCUGUACGCUCACCUGGACAUCUGGAGAUCGGCUGCAGCAAUGAAGGAGCGCUGCCCACCAGAAGACAGCAAAUCCGCAGCUGAUGAGGACUCCUGGUCAGAUAUGAUGUGUAAUUUCCCCAACCAGCCCAUCCACCUGUGGCAGUUCCUGCAGGAGCUGCUGCUCAAACCUCAUAACUACAGCCGCUGCAUCCGCUGGCUCAACAAAGAGAAAGGAAUUUUCAAGAUAGAAGACUCAGCUCACGUGGCCAGGCUGUGGGGCAUCAGGAAGAACCGGCCGGCAAUGAACUAUGACAAACUGAGCCGCUCUAUACGCCAGUACUACAAGAAGGGAAUCAUUCGAAAGCCUGAAGUGUCUCGCAGACUGGUCUACCAGUUUGUCAACCCUGUAUGAUGGAGAAUGAACUGAGGGGAUAUAAAAGAUAUGCUGGCCAUACAGUAGAAGAAGAACUCUGAAGCUCAUUCCACUGACUGUAUUUGAUGUUUCAUUUCAACUGUAAAGACUGCCUACAACAACAUGCACUCCUGCCUAUCAGAAUUUCACUCUACUUUAUUAUUCUAAACACUACAUUUUAUUAUGUUUCUCUCCUCUUUGGCUGUGUUUAUAAUUGCUUUUUUUUUUUGGUGUGAGGUUUGGUUUUUCUAAAAGGUGCUUAUUUUUUUUCUAAGCCCUUCUAACUGAAGAUUUAAAACUUUGGGAAAUCCACUUUAUUACUAAUGAGAAGAUCUAUGCCACUCGAGCAGCUGGGGAAAUAAUCCUGUGGAAAACAUGGAUUGUUUUUUUGCAUUUCACAUUAAACUAAGAACAUACAGUGAACUUUAGAGGUGC